AUGGAUGCGGACAAGUUUGCCAAUGCGUCUACUCAGUCGACUGGUAAUGGACUUUUAUCGCCCUUUUCGACCGUCACGACUUUGGUGAUUCCAUCUCAUGCACUUCCCAACAACCGCUACCUAAAUGAGGUCUUUAAAGUUAUCAAAAGGAAUGAUGCAGCCAUUCUUGGAAAUAGAAAGGAUCGCAUAUGGUUGGUGGAUUUCUUUAAGCGCCGCUUUGCAAACUUGGAUAUGGCUGGAUACAUGUCGUUUCAGUAUCCGGCUAGUAAUUUGUUUCGGGUGGAGAAGGAUCCCCUCAACUCCAAGCGCCUAACUCUUCACUUCUUUGAUGCAGCGCACCCGUAUGAAUUAGAAUUUACAUCAACUGGACGACGGCAACGAUUUUACGAAAUUUCCAUGACACUACGUCGCAAUUCAGUUAUGUGGUGCCCUUCGCUCUGUUUGCCCAAUGAAAAAAAUGUUAUUCUGCAUGUGCAGGGUACCACCAUUAGGCGUCCAAAUGCAAAAACGGUGAAUGUAAGUGGUGAAUCCAAGUUUACGGUUUCUCGAAUGCCGUAUGAGGUUUUGGAUAUGUGGUACGGCUGCUUUUCGAUGAAGGACCGUCCUUUGCCUCGCAGUGCCGCCGUGCUUGGCAGUUUUAUCCCAAGAGGCUCCCAUGAGAUGUAUGUUAUAGGGAUCAUGGAUGUGCCAGCGUCCUUUAUUGGCAAUGAUGUCUUCUCAAAGUAUUUUCUUGAGUACUUGGGGUCUUCGCUCUACUACGUUCUUGCAAACACAGCCGUUUUUUCGAAAAGGAGACAGAAUAACAAUGCCUUGAUCAUUAUUGUGCGAAAUUCUUUUAUUUUACGGACAUCGCACAUUGAGGCGAUGGAAACAACACCAGUGUUCACGGAUGAUAUUCCGAAAGAUGCAUUUACUUCGGUGGGAUGUACGCUGCGAGUCAAUGAGGCAACAAUAGGCAUCAUUCUUGUAAAUGCGAAGCCAAUAGACUGUUCUCUAUCAAGGCGUGCUGCAGCGUUGCGUUCUAUGAUGAGCACUUACCCCUUCGGCGACAACCUAGUUGACAUUGGAGCCCGAUUUGAUUAUUUUAUUGUUUCGGGCGCUUUCAACUUUGGCGCUGAUUUCAGGCAUGAUGACAUGCUUCUGGCACAGAUAAAAGCUAGAAAUCUUAUGUCGGGCCUGGUGGAGGCCACACCAAGCAGUGCGAUACUAAAUGCCACGGAGCCAAUCCGCAUUUUUUUUGCAUUUCGUCCCGGCGUGUGCAAUUUGGACGUUAAGCAGUACACCACAUCUAGGGCUUUGGCGGCUCCAAAUGCUUUUAUUUCCGCAGACGUUUUUUGUCAGAGGGCUUAUCUGUGUGUUUUUGGCGAGCAAGUUCCACGUGUGCAGUUGGUACUAGACAAAUUGGUUUUGGCUUCACCCAAUCUUCGCAUUCCCUCUGUGGAAGCUCCUGAGUUACGAAUCUCAGCUGACUGGAUAGAAAACAGUCCAUUGCUCACGGCGUUAUUUAAGGGAGGUGAUGCAUACAAGCUAUCGGGACCGGCUGUACCUGUGGUGGCACCAACUACCAGCAAUACCGUUUUUCUGAGGCUACAAACGAUUACCUUUUCAAUGUUGGGAAUUCCUGGCUCUGCGAAGAGGAGAGAGAAGACCGUCAUUGCCUCGGGGAGUCUUCCUCUGAAGAACAUGCUUCAUUUGGGUGAGGUGGUGGAGUUUUCAACGCCCCUCUACUAUCGCACCUGUUACGUGGGGAAUUUGACGGGCACGCUGUUUCUGUCGGCGUAUGAAAGAGACACGGCUGACCUUGCGGGACUGGAGUCCGAGCGUGAUGUAAUUGUAGUUUCAUGCUACGAAAACCAAAUACUCGAGGGAAAGAACUGGGUGUCCACGAUUUUUUCCCAGCAUCACGCGUACGGUUUUUCCACGGAAGACGCCACAGUUGAGUGCAGCAGGGAAGGCCAUACUCUUCCAGACUCGACAAAGUGGGUGUGGCUCAAUCUCUGGCGUCACGAAGUUUUUCCUCACGAUGCGGAAGGAUGGACUUACAGCGAGGGAUUUGAUCAACCGUUUUUUUCCAUCAAGCCAUCCAAGACGAGUAUUGUCCGCCGUCGCCGUUGGACGCGUGCCAUGCAGGCCAGCGAUCCCGUAACAUAUCACAACUUCUUGAUGCUCAAGCGGGAAAGGAGCUCGUUUUCAUGA